AUUGCCCGGGACGGCAGGGAGCGCAGUGGACACUCGCGGUACUGCAGGGGUUCUGCAACUACACGUGGAGUGAAAACAUUUUAAACCAGAAAGCAAAGAAAGUGCGGGAGAUAAUUAAAUGGCUGCGAAACGCCCGGCCGGGAGUUGGACCGAGGAGGUAGUUUGUCCCAUCUGCAAAGAUUUCUUCACCGAUCCGGUGGCGCUGGACUGCGGACACAACUUCUGCCGCUCCUGCAUCACACAGAGUUGGGACAGGGAGGGGAGAAACUCCUGCCCGGAAUGUAGAGAGGAAUCUGCAAACCGCACCCUCAGGGUGAAUCGGGCCUUGGUUAGACUGUCUGAGAAAGCUCGAACACUGAGCAUGAAUCUCAAAGCGAAGAAAAGCAAACUUCAGUGCGAGAAACAUCAGGAAGAACUGAAACUGUUUUGUAAAACUGACAAGAAACUGAUCUGUUUGAUUUGUGCAACUGGGCAGCAGCACAGGUCUCACAGCUUAAUGCUGAUAGAAGAAGCAAUUGAAUUCUACAAGGAACAGGUGAAAUCUUCUUUCGAAUCUCUCACAGAAAAGGAAUCAGAGAUCCAGAAAAUGGAGCAGGAACAGAAAGAGAGCAUUUCUGGAGUUCAGGAAGAGUCACACAACCUUCAGUCACAGAUCACAUCCCAGUUUGCUGAACUGCACCAGAUUCUCACUGUGAAAGAGCAGCGUUUACUCAGUGAUGUCCGGGAAGAAGAGGAGAAGAUUGUAAAAUCAAUGGAGAAAAAUCUUCAAGGGAUACAAGAGAAUUUAAAAUCAAUUCAGGAGGAACUCUCAAAGCUACAGGAACAGACAAACCACAAGAACGGCCUGAUAUUUCUGAAGGAGGAAGCUGGUCGCAAGAGCAGGGUUAGUGAUGAAACCAAACCAAUGUUGGUGGUAUAUGGGGCUUUUCCCAUUGAAAAGUAUGAUUGCAACUUACACUACAAAAUAGAAUUGAGCGAAGCAUCUGAUAUCAAACAAGAUUCAUUGGUGAGAGGAGAGUCGUUCCUAUAUUGCACGGAGAGCAGUCCUCUCUCUCCAUUACAAUCCAGUCCACCUGCGGGGCAGAGUUGUCCAGCAGUCUCCGUCACCCUUGAUGUGGAAACAGCGCAUCCGGAGCUCGAAGUGUUUGAGGAUCGGAAGAGGGUGAGAUUGAUCUGGACCCGUACCCAGAGGUGUCGCCCUGACACCGGGAAGAGGUUUACAUCCAGUCCGUGUGUGCUGGGAUCGGAAGGAUUCACAUCGGGGAGACAUUACUGGGAGGUGGAGGUGGCGGGGAAUCGGUACUGGAGUCUUGAGAGUCGCCACAGAGUCUGUGGAGAGGAAGAGAGGGGUCAAACUGACCCCGGAGACUGGGGUCUGGAGCAUCGGGCCGCAGGCUGACAUGUUUAUUACAUUCACCUCCCCUCCAUCCCCUCUCCCCGCCCGUCCCAUCCCCGGGAGGCUGUGAGUUUAUCUCAGUUACGAGUCCGGGACGGUUUCAUUUUGUGACGCGGACACCAAGUCCCAUCUCCACACUUUCAAUAAGAUUAAAUUCACGGAGAAACUUUAUCCUUUCUUUGCAACUUGGCAUGAUAACUGGCUGAGAAUCUGCUGGAGUCAGGAGCGGGGCUCGGGGGCUGUGGGGCAGAAACCCGGUGGACAACAGGUCGGCGAAGAACGGAUCCCAUUACUUCCCUAAAUUACGUGUCGUGAAAACCCCAGUAAACGCGGAAAUAAAACCAGAGGGAAUGUAAAUGUGGGAAAAGUGAAAUAAACAGCAACUGAAAUCAGAGCUGUCUGUCGAUCCGUUCAUUUUAACCCAUUAACUGCAUCUGUCAACGGAACAGAAAUACUUUUGUGAAAAUAUAGAGAUUGAAACAAUCGCCCUUCCCGCGGGUUCAGCAGCAGCUGCGGGUCCUGAGCUCCGAGCUCACCCUGGCCCUAAAGUCCGCAGAUUCAGAGAUUUUAAACGUGUUUGCAACAUUUGCUCUCCACACAACAGAUUUGUUUUCUCCGGAACGGAGCUUUGGAAGAAUGG